AUGAAUAAUUUGCAUUGUUAGAAGAAAAAAAGAAUACAUGAAGUCACAUAUGCAUAAAGAGUCAUCAAUUCUGUUAAACCAGACAUAGAAAAUAUCAAACUUAAUGAAAAUUUAUUUUAAGCUUAAUAAAUGGCUCGACAUUCAUCCACAUUAAUCAAGGACAUUCAGAAGGACGUUAGAUUGACUCUUAAGAAAUAUGAUUCAUACAUCAAGAUGAGUGAAUCUAACAGAAAAAUGACUGAUAAUAAGUUUAGCGAAUCUACUAGGAGGUAUCAAAGUGAGAGUCCAAUUAAGUAAUAAGAAUCGACAGAAAAGGAACUUGAAACCUUGAGAUAAUAACAAAAGAUUCUAAUGACUCUGCUUAAUAAUCUGCAACAACAAGAAAAACUAAUUGUUUCUUAAACAUCUCCCAAUCCAGAACCACAUCCUAAGCCUAUUAUUGAUAAAGAGUGGUUUGAAUAAAAAACUAAAUAAUUAUAGUAAAUUUAAAAAUCAUAAGCAUAAAUUGAAAAUCCAUCAUCUAAAAGAUUAGAGAAGAGUGAUGUUAUAUAAAUUGAUAUUAGCAAAGUUAAAAGAUCACCAAAUAGUAAAUCUAGUUCUGCUUAGCAUUUUUUUAGUCCAUCUAAAAAUCCUAUUAAGAAUUCUGUGACCUAUUUUUAAAAUUCAACUUCAAGCUAUGCUAAAUUACAUAGAAAAUAAUCUAAUUCUCCAUAGAAAUGGGGUUAAUAUGGAGUCAUUAACCAAUAAAAGCCAGAGAAGAAUUUGAUGGUGAGUAGAAGGAAUGAGUAAUGGAAACAGAGGGUCGACAAUAAGAUAAAGAAUGAAGUGCUCAAAAAGUAAGAGAAAGAAAUAAAAGCAUGCACAUUUAAACCAAAAAUCUUGUCUAAGACUCCAAAGAGUAAUUAAAAUAGCAAAGAAACCUCAACUGAUUUCAAUGAGAUUAUGUUUUUAAUUGGUGAUAUCAAUGAGUUUAAUGAUAAAUCCAAGAGAUCAACAAUUAAAAAAUGA